AUGGCGUCGUCUUUCUUUUCCGACUUCGGCCUCAUGUGGUACCUGGAGGAGCUCAAGAAGAAGGAGUUCAUGAAGUUCAAGGAGUUCCUCAAGGAGGAGACGUUGCAUAUGGGACUGCAGCAGAUCCCUUGGGCUGAAGUGAAGAAGGCGUCGCGGGAAGAACUGGCCAGCCUGCUGCUCAAGCACUACGAGGGGCAGCAGGCCUGGGAGGUGACCUUCAGGAUCUUCCUGAGGAUCGACAGGAGGGAUCUCUGCGAGAGGGCCACGAGGGAGAGUACCGGACACUCGAAGAUGUAUCAGGCUCACAUGAGGGAGAAAUUCAGAGAGCUCAUGGCCAGGGAACCCAUCGCCAUGUUCCACAGGAGCUUCGAGCAGGACAUCACCCAGGAAGAGAGAAAACAGCUGGAGCUCCUCUUCCCACCCGAGGCUCCCAGGAAGCAGAGCCACACUGUGCUCCUGCAUGGGGCCCCCGGCAUCGGCAAGACGACCUACCUGGGCAAGAUCAUGCUGGCCUGGGCCAGGGGCCUCAUCUACCAGGACAGGUUCUCCUACGUCUUCUACUUCUGCUGCCAGGAACUGAAGCUGCUGCCGGCGCUGAGCCUGGCAGAACUGAUCGGCAGCAUGUGGCCUGAAUCCUGCGUCCCUGUGGGCGAGAUCCUGGCGCACCCCAGGAAGGUCCUGUUCCUGGUGGACAACUUAGACAAGCUGGGGAGCGACCUGCGAGAGCCGGAGGGGGAGCUGUGCCGGGACUGGGUGGACGUGCGAACGCCGCAGCUGCUGCUGAGCAGUUUGCUGAGGCGGAGGAUGAUCCCGGAGUGCUCCCUGGUAGUCACGGUGGACUCCCUGUUCACCAAGGACUUCCAGGACAGGCUGGAGGACGCCGAUGCCAGGCUGCUCACCGGCUUCCGCGAGAGUGACAUCAGGCUGUGCGCCUACGGCGUGUUUGAAGACAUGCACAGAAGCGUGGAGGCCUUCAGUUUCAUCCAGGGCAGGGAGCGGUUCUAUGGGCUGUGCCGCCUGCCUGUCCUCUGCUGGCUGACGUUCAUGGCCCUGAAGUACGAGAUGGACGAAGGCAAGGUCGUGGCACGCACCGUCCAGCGCAGCACCGCUCUCUACACCUCCUUCUUCUUCCACCUCUUCUCGCCCAGGGCCGCCGACAGCCCCAGCCGGCGGGGCCAGGAGCAGCUGCACAGCCUGUGUUCCCUGGCCGUCCAGGGCAUGUGGACCGACCGCUUCGUGUUUAUGGAGAGCGACCUCCGGAGGAAUGGCAUCGGGUCGAGUGCCUGCCUCGUCUACUGGCACCAGAUGUGCUCCGUGCUCACAACCAGCAGGCACCUCCACACGCUGCAGGUGAAGCACAGCAUCCUCAGUGAGUCUGCCUUCAUGGUUCUGUUUAACCAGCUGAAGCAGUCCAACUGUCUCGUUGAGAAUAUCACGAUAAAUAAUACUAACUUUCGUUGUGAGGGUAACUUCCUCUUCGAGGCAGUCACUCACAACCCAAAUGUGAAAUGCUUGAACCUCAUCAAUGUCCGCAUGGGCCGCGACGACGUGCGCUUCCUCUGCAGCGUGCUGGGCCACCCCGUGUGCAGCGUGAGCAAGCUGGUGCCCAGCUUCGAGCCGCUGCCCACGGUGGCGCUCACAGCCGCUGUGCUGCUGCUCGUCCACGUGGUGUUUGUGAUCUUGGUGUUUUUAACUGGUGUGCUCUGCUUGUACCCUGACCCAAAGGAGGACAGGUGCCCGGGGAACUACAGCAGCCCGCUGAAGGCGCAGAGUGCUCUUGUCCUGCAUCACCACAGCAGGGCGCGGGGCCGUGGCUACGGCAGCAUCGACCGGGCCACGCGGCCGGCCCCUGAAGACGCUGGCCCUGCUCACGCACUCGGCCGCAGUGCGGCGCUGCUGCUGGUGCUGGGUGUGCAGCACUCCUUCCCCGGGCGCGGCAGGCUGUACCUCAUGCUCAUCCUGGCCGUGCUGGCCCUGGAGCUGCUCUGCUGCCUGACCUGGCUGCUCCUUAUGGCCUCGGAGACCGGAUUCAGGACCGCGGGGAGCCUGGGGGAGGUGGUGGAGAAGCAGGCCGACAUCAUCGCCUCUGCAGCGACACAACGCACUGCUCAGUCGGCGGCUGCUGGCUCCUGUGGCCUCGCCACCAGGCUGAUGAAGUGCAAACUGAAAGCAGAGGACUGUGAGGCCUUGGCCUCUGUCGUGAUAGAGAACAGGAAGCUGCAGGAACUGAACCUGACCUCCAACCGCCUGAGGAAGGGGGUGCGCACCCUGUGCAAGGCCCUGUGCCACCCCAGCUGCACCCUGAAGCUGCUUACGGACUGGUGCUGGGACUACCUCGCGGAAGUGCUGCUGUUCAGCAAGAGCCUGGUCCACCUGGACCUCAGCAUGAACACCUUGAGGGACGAGGGGCUGCAGGUUCUCUGCGCGGCGCUGAGACACCCGGCCUGCAGGCUGGAGGCGCUGAGUUUGAUGCAAUGCUGCCUCACAGCUGAGGGCUGCAGAGUCCUGGCCACCGUCCUCACCAGCAGCCAGAAGCUUAAAAGCCUCCAUCUUAACAAUAACCCCGUGGGGGACGCCGGUGUGAAGCUGCUGUGUGACGCUCUGGUGCAGCCCAGCUGCCGCUUGGAAGAUCUAGAGCUCGAGGACUGCGGCUUGACCAACGCCUGCUGUGAGGCUCUGGCUGCCACGCUCACCAGCAGCAGGACCUUGCACACGCUGAACCUGGUGGAGAAUGCCGUGGACUGCCGCGGGCUGGCGGUGCUGUUCGCGGCCCUGAAGCACCCCGAAUGCAGCUUGCAGGUGCUUGGACUGAAAAAAGCUGACCUGGAUGAGGAAGCCCUGGCACUUGUCAUAGCUGCAGAAGAUGAGAAUCCUGGCCUGGUCAUCUUGGACAGCUCCUGA